CCCAACUCAACAACGGGCGCUAUACAAGAUGUAACGCGGAUUUUUUGGGUGAAAUUAUGGCAUCGAACCCGUUGAAACCGUGCGGCACCGCCGCGUUUAACCAACCGUCGCGUAGCAGCGGCCUGCGAGUUAUCGACCAGUGAAGCCGAGCGCGCGCCAGACGAUGCUAUCCAGUUAGCUCGGGAGUUAGCUGCUAACUGGCUACGGAAGUUAGCCGCGUCAGCUCGCAGGAGGCUGAUUGAGUCGUUCCGCGCAUUUGAAGCCUGUUCUCCGACCUCUGUUGCCGUUUAACCGGCAGAUAAAACGGGAACAUUGGAUCGCAAAGUCUGCCGCUUCACUCAUGUCACAUAGAAAAUACUUAAACUUCAAUAAAUCGCGUUUAGAAUGGAGACUCGUCUGUUUUUUUCUGCAAACAGCGCUCUUUUGUUUUGACAAAGGAACCUGAGUUUCUUUAUUUUUUCUAGUUUUUUUUGUUUUUGUUGGGACAAAUACUUUUGUGUCUCUUGGUUGUUGUUGCUUUUUGCACAAUGGUUCCACAGAAGCAGGGCUCCUCGGAGGGAAGCCAGUCGGCGGGUUUUGGUUCUGGAGUUAAAGCCAACGGGUUAUACCAGUCCUCCACCUCCUCCACCUCCUCCUCCUCUUCCUCCUCUGCGAUGGCUGCAGCCAAGAAGCCCAACAUGCAACUCAUUCAAGCCGACCACGAGUUGUUCCUGCAGGCCUUCGAGAAACCGACCCAGAUCUACCGGUUCCUCCGCACCAGGAACCUGAUCGCCCCGAUAUUCUUGCACAGGACUCUCACCUACAUGUCCCACAGGAACUCCAGGAGCAACGUCAGAAGGAAAAGCUCCAAGGUUGACAAUCUGUUGUUCAAAGUGGAAAAGAUGCGAGGCGAACAGGAGACUCACAGCUUGGCCUCUAAUCUGCAGCUCACCUUCAUGGGCUUCUUUCAUAAAGCUGGGAAGCCAUCUCAGGACAGUGAGAACGAGCAGAACUCGGUGUCUCUGGAGGUGCUGCUGGUGAAAGUCUGUCACAAGAAGAGGAAGGACGUCAGCUGUCCCGUGAAGCAGGUCCCCACGGGGAAGAAGCAGGUUCCCUUGAACCCGGGGGCGGGGCUCCAGGCCAAGCCGGGCUCCUUCCCCUCCCUGCUGGUCCCCAGCGGCGAGUUCGAACCCAGCAACUCCCACAUGGUCAAGUCCUACUCGCUGCUCUUCAGGGUGUCGCGGCCCGGAGGCCCCCGGACGCAGAUCAACGGCCUGGCCAACGGCCUGGCCAACGGCCUGACCAACGGCCUGACCAACGGCCUGACCAACGGCCUGGCCAACGGGGAGAACCACCACGGCAGAGAUUUCACAGAGGAAGUGGUGAACAGGAAGAGGAGGAGCUCCAGUCUCAGGGAGGAGGGGGAAACCACGUUUGUGGCUCAGAUGACGGUCUUCGACAAAAACAGACGUCUGCAGCUGCUGGAUGGGGAGUACGAGGUGUCCAUGCAGGAGAUGGAGGAGUGUCCGGUCACCAAGAAGAGGGCGACGUGGGAGACCAUCCUGGACGGGAAGCGCCUGCCGCCCUUCGAGAGCUUCUCUCAGGGUCCCACCCUGCAGUUCACGCUGCGCUGGACCAGCGACGCCUCCGACCGCUCCACGGCGCCCGUGGCCAAACCGCUGGCCACCCGCAACUCUGAGACCAACCAGGACCCGCGGCCCAGCACCCUGAGGGCCACACACACCCUGGCCGUUAAAGAAUCCAUCAACACCGACGUGCAGACCAGGAGAGAACUCGUCUCCAACGAGCCCCGACUGAAGCUGCGCAUCUUGUACCAGUUCCAGUACAACAGCAACACGCGGCAGCAGACGGAGGCCAGAGACGACCUGCACUGCCCCUGGUGCACCCUCAACUGCAGGAAGCUCUACAGCCUCAUCAAGCACCUGAAGCUGUCUCACUCCCGCUUCAUCUUCAACUAUGUGCCUCACGCCAAAGGAGCGAAGAUCGAGGUCUCCAUCAACGAGUACUACGACGGCUCGUACGCGGGGAACCCUCAAGACAUCCACAGCCAGCCGGGCUUCGCCUUCAGCAGGAACGGGCCGGUCAAGAGGACAGCAGUCACGCACGUGGUGGUCUGCAGACCCAAGAGGACCAAGGCGAGCCUGUCUGAGUUCCUGGAGCCGGAGGACGGCGACCAGGAGCAGCCGAUCAUCAGCGGACACAACCGGCUCUACUUCCACAGCGACAGCUGCGUGCCACUGCGCCCGCAGGAGAUGGAGAUGGACAGCGAGGACGAGAGGGACCCCGACUGGCUCCAGGAGAAGACCGCCAUGCAAAUCGAGGAGUUCACCGACGUCAACGAGGGCGAGAAGGAGAUCAUGAAGCUGUGGAACCUCCACGUCAUGAAGCACGGGUUCAUAGCCGACAACCAGAUGAACGAGUCCUGCCUGCGGUUCGCCGACCGCCACGGCGUCCACAUCGUCAGGAACGACCUGCGCCGCAACUUCCUGCUGCACCUGAUCAGCAUGCACGACUUCAACCUGGUCUCCACGCAGACCAUCGACCAGGCCAUGGCCCGGCUGCGCCUCCUGCAGAGCCAGGGCGCCCACAGGGGGGAGGAGGAGGAGGAGGAGGAGGAGGACUGGGAGAUGGCCGUGGAGUCCCAGUCGGAGCUGGAUCCGGACCUCGAGGAUCCGGACCGCCGGGACCAGACGGGCGGCGGGUGUGUGGAGAAUGGAGGCCAGAAGGAAGAGGAGGAAGAGGAGGAGGAGAAGAAAGAGAAAGAGGAGGCUGCAACCGAAGCGAUGAGCAGCAAGAGAAGAAACCCUCCGGGGUUCUGAUUCGGUUCAAGAAGAACCAGAAUAAAUCAAUCAGAACGAGCGAGGAGGCAGAGCGACGGUUCUACAGGGAUUCAGGAACCAGACCAAGUCCUUCAUUUAUUUCCAGCCGCCAUGUUUAUCUCAGACUGAAGAACUGGAUCCAGUCCUCCUUUUUUAGUCUGGACUAAGUUCUGACUCCGGGUCGGACUCCUUUCCUUUUCCUUUCCUACGUCCUCGGUGUGAAGAACCAAUCAGUUCCUGCAGCGCUCGUCUUCUUCUUCCUGUGUGACGUUACGGGUCUGAAGGGGUCCCGCCGGGGCUCUGAUCCAGUAUCCGGGGGUCUGAUGUGGUCUCUGGCGGUCUGAUCAGACUCCCAGGACUCGGAUUAUGUCUCCAGAUGCCUAAUCUGGUCUCUGGGUCUCCGUUUAUAAGUCAAGGACUCUUCCCGGUUCUCUGGUUGUCUAAUCAAGUCUUCAGGUCGCUGAUCCGGUCUCAAAUAAGGUCUCAAAUCAGGUCUCUGAUCCGGUCUCCAAUCAGGUCUCUGAUCAGGUCUCUGAUAAGGUCUCCAAUCAGGUCUCCAGUUCUCUGAUCAGGUCUCCAUGUCUCUGAUCGCCUCAUCAAUAUAUAUAUUGAUGGUUUUUCAUAUAUUUUCCUCAAGAGGAUCUCAGACCGGGUCCUGGUCCUGGUCCUGGAUCUGGUCUUUCUUCUGGUGCUAAAUCUUUUUGUACUCCUCUGUGAUGUCACUGCCAGCUCUCUGCUCCGCGCCUCCUCCCACCUCCUGCUGCGCCUCCUCUUUACAACACACUUCAGAGCCGUGACGUAUUGAUUAGCCUCGCGUGUUCUCAGCAUCUUCCGUUCGUCUCCGGGAGGAAACGCUGCUUUCUCUCUUCCUCUUUUUGUUCCAUCUCUCCAUCACGAAGAGCUGAUGAAUAAUUUAUCACCUAAACGAUUAAAUUGACAAAAAUAUUAAUUAAUGGAUUUAAAUAGUUUCUCCAUCGGUUUAUUUUUCUUCCUCUUUUUGUACAUACGACUGUAAAACUAAUAAAUUAGCUUUCGACUACGAUUCCUCUGGGGCCCUGAACGCCACGCGGGAGGUUUUUGUCGUCUUUAUUUUAGUUUUCACACCAAAACAUUUUGCUGCAGGUUUCUCGUUUCUCUUUUUGUGAAAUAAGAAGACAAACCGCUGCCGUUGGAACGAUGUGAAGAGUCGGAGAGCCGGAGGAGCUCAAACGUCCCGGUGCUGCCGUCUUCCACGAGAAGAGCGCGUUGGUUUCUUCUAUUUCUGUAGAUGACAUUUUAUUUUCAUUCACAUGAGACCAGCAGCAUUUUGCACAAGAUGAAAGGAGCCGUGUUUUCUUCUCACAUGUAAAAAACAAACACAAACAGCAGCGUGACGGUGGGAACGUUUAGGUUGAGUCAGAGUCGGUUUUUCUAUUAAAUGAACAAUUUUGUACAAUUA